CCGCUAAAUUCAAUGUCAUGUCAAAAAUAUUUCACGAAGAUUGAUUUGUGAUUAUUUCAGAUUUUGUUUAGUGAAACGUUAAUGGAUGUAAAAUAAAUGUCGUUGCUGGAGGAUAUAUUCUUACAAGAUGAGGCAGACGAAGCUCAAGAGCUGGAAAGAGUGAUAGAAGGCGACGAAUAUGAUGAAAGACCUCGUUCACGCGAAGUUACACCAACUAGCGAUGACAAUGAACCAAAAGAAGAUGAAGCAGAGGAGGACAAAAGGCGAGUGGAUCCCACUUCAACUAAAGCUAAACGAGUGACGAAGAAUCCUAGGUUCUUGUUGAACCCGGCUCGGCUGACAGGACCUAGAGGCAUACAGGUCAUACCUGACCAUUUUAAAGAUUUCAAAUUUAAAGGCAAAGGACAUGAAAAAGAAGACCUAGAUUUAGUGUUAAAGAAAUUAGAACAUUGGGCAUAUAGACUGUACCCUAAGUUUCCAUUUGAAGACUGUCUGAAGAAGAUCGAGACUCUCGGCAAAAAGAGGCCAGUUAUGGUCCAUCUCCACAAAAUCCGCACAGACCAGUUUAUAUCUGAAGAGACAGUGGUUCAAAAGGACUCCAGUGACGAGGAGACGCAGCCUCCUCAAGAAGAGGAUGAGUUUGACAAGCUGUUGCAGCAACAAAUUGACCUGGCUAGAGCUACACCUGCACCAGGGUCUGUGAAGAAGGCCAUGCCUACUCCUGCUACGCCGUUACAAGACAGAUCACCAUUCACAAUGCCGAAAGCAACCUCAUCGCCAUCCAUAAGUGACGAACAGAAAGAAAGAAUGAUAAGAAACAGGAAACUAGCUGAAGAGAGACGCUUAGCGCGAUUAAAACAAAAUUCUACAGAAAAUACUAAACAAACCACUGCACACAACAUUAGUGGAAUUAUUGAAGUAGACGAAGAAAUAGAGAAUAAUGUUGGAGCAAAGAAAAACAGAUCAAAUGUUAUAGAUAGUUCUGAUGAUGAAUGUGACAUCACUACUGUUAAAGAAGCUGUUAUAGUUGAUGUACAUGGGCAUAGGACUGAAGCAAGUAAAGAAUUAGACGAUGAUUUUGGUAAAGAGACUGGUAGAAAUGAUGCUGAUAUAGAAAUGGAAGAUAAAACAGUAGCAAAUGAUGUUAUUGUAAUCAAUGAUGGGCUUAAAGAGCCUAGUAAUGCUGUAGGAAGUCUUCGUAUUGACGAUUUAGUUGAAGAAAUUAUUGAUGAUAAUGUCGCAGUAAAAGAAACGGAUAUUAUCGUAAUAAAUGACGUCACAGACAGUUAUGUUAAACCAAAUGUAAUUACAGAUGAAAUUAUAGAAAUUAAAGAUUUAGAAAAUACAAAUCAAGGUAAAGAUAGAAGCGAAGAGAUAGUUGUUAUAAAUGAUGAAAAUAGUAAAGAUGUAGGAAUCAAUGACAAAAAUGAUAAUGAUGUUAUUGAAAUUAAUGGCGCUGAAGAGAAUGUAACAAGUAAUGCUGUAGUUACAAUAGAAAAUGAAGACAUUACACCAAGUAUUGUUGAUAAUAAUAGUAAUAAAAGUGUUGAAAAACAAAGUGUACUAGAGGAUAAUAGUGAAUUAAAUGUAGUACGCGAAGAUUUGCCACAAAAUACUGAACAGGAAACACGAAUUUUAGAUAAGGACACAAAAAUAGCUGUGGAUGUAGUAGAUGAUUUGAUGGAUGUAGAUUUUGGUGAGGAUUUCUGAAUCAUUGUAAUGUUCAUUGUUUAAGUUUUUUAUUAAUAAAACUGGUAUUUAUUGAAAA